AUGAAAUGGUUUAGAUACUAUCCCUUGUUUGGUCUUUUGCCUGAAGACAAGAGUCAAGUUCAGCCUGAAGAGAAAAUGUAUUCCUGGACAGAAAUUCAUUGCAGUGCUCCUGCAGUCAGUGGCUCACCAGGUAGAGAUGGUCCUAAAGGUGCCAAGAGAGAACCAGGAGAAGGAUUGAGAGGCCUGGAGAGUUUCCCUGGAAAAGUGGGACCUCCAGGAAUAACAGGAGUUUUAGGACCACAAGGAAAGAAAGGAGAAAAAGGAGAAUAUGGAACCUUAACUCCCAACUUGUGGAGACAAGUAACCCCUUUGGAAACAAAACUACAGGUUUGGGAGGAUGAAUUAAAUAGAUACAAAAAAAGGUAAGGUCCAAUCAUUGAUAAGUUUACUUUUUGGCCUGGUAAAAUGAUGGACAUGCUUGUGCUGGAGAAGGGAUGAAAAAGAGGAGGUUGAAACAAAUUUUAUCUCACGUUGCUCAUGGGUGAUGGUCAUUAAUUAAAUCACGUCUCACUGAAUACAUCCUUCCUGAACUGACCUGAAAAACUUUAAGGAUUACUUUGCCAGCUUACAGGGCGGGGCAUGUUACAUGACCUGCAGGAUCAACCACUGUUCUCCAUGUGCCUGUGCUUUAAACAUUGCACUGAUAUUCCCAGCUGUCUAUUUUGUUAGACUUCUAUUGGAUUCUGACUACUAUUUGCAUCUGUUUAUAGCUGGUAUCAGCUACUUCUGAAAUAUAGUUGUGAAACAGAUAAAUAACUAGAGCAUGAUCAAUUUUUGGUAUAAUACAAUUACUUGUAUUCACUUCUGUUUCUAGCUUUGAUUUUAAAGAACAUCAAGAGUAUUGCUAAAAAUUGUACUUGUCUCAACUGGAUAUCUCUUUGUACAAAAGCUGUAAGUGCACUUGCCUGUCUCAGGAAUGAAGCUAAAAACACAGGUGUACAAGAGUCCAUAACACCUUGAAAACAGGCUUGUAUGGGGAUAUCUGAUGAACAGACUGAAGGCAGGUUCAUGAAUCUGAAUGGAAGGACUGUAACUUACUGGAGCUGGAAUGACAGAGAACUAAGUAAUCUACAAAAUGAAGAACGUGCGGUAAUAAAAGACUUUGGAAAAAUGGAUUGACAUUAAUUAUUCAAAUUCACAUGAGUUAAUUACUUGUGAAUUCUUGAGAUGAUGAAUCUAAGAAAACCCAAAGUUUUUUUCUCACUUAUGUGGUUGAUAUUAAAGUUUGUUCCUGUAAAAGCAGCCUGGAAUACCGAGAACAAGAGUGUAUUUACAAUUGCUGUCUCUUUGAUGUUCAGUUUUGAAUCUCCUACUAAAGUACAGAUUUCAUUUUUUCAGUCAAUAUGUAAUAAAUUGUGUCUGUCAUAGUGGUAUAAGGUUAAUAAGUUAUGGCAUGCUCAGCAGGCUAGUUGUUAUAUCUGAGUUUCUCAUAAAUGCAGCAUGAAGGAGGCAGUUUUUAGUUAUCUUGAAACUAGUGAAAAAUUUGUCUAUAUUCCAUCUUUGAGCUGAGCUGUAAACUUGGAGAAAUUACUCUCCACAUGUUGCUACUGAUAUAUUAUUUUUUGAUGGAAAUAAUAGACAGUGCACACAGUCCUAUGUUACUUCAGUAUUUAGUGAUGCCUUUGCUCCUAGUGCACUUUUACUCUGGUUCUAAAAUUGACUGAUAAUGAUCACUGAGAGCCUACAGUGGUAUUUGUCAUCUGGGUACAGAAGUCCACUGCACACAAGUGACUACUGACAUAGGAAUAAUUUCUUUUUUGAAGUUUCAGCUGGUUUUGUGCAGUGCUUUCCAUGCAAUGGGAAAAUGAAAUGUGCUGUAACUACAAAGAGGAAUAAAACAGUGAACUGGCCAGCCAGGUUGUUUUGUGCAGUAAAACAAUCAGAGAAGAACAAGAUGAUGCUUUUUGACAAUCUGUAGUCAUCAAUUGAAGUACCGGAGAUAUAAAUCAAGAUUUAAAUGCAAGAGAAAGCA